AUGACUCAAGUCUACUUGCUGGACUCUGACCACCUUUGUUCGCUUCUACGAGAAGCUCUCUCCUGGAGUGAAAAUGUCUCGUCGCUCAUGGUGUCUGCUCUGAACGGAUCAAUACUCGCAUAUGCCUACAGGGACACUACGCCAUCAAUUAAAGAUAUGCGAACUCAAUCUACAACGAUGACAGCAGCUUACACGGUUGCGUCAGAGGAUGUACUCGUCUUCGAGGCACAAAACAUGGGAGCAAUUUCCGUGAUUGCUCCUGUUGCCGAUCACCUCCUGUUGGCCGUGACAGGACCCGAGCCGAAGCAGAAAAAGGCCCUGCAGAAUGGCCUUGGUCAAUCCCAAGAGCACGGGCAGAUGGCCAACGGCAUCGACGCUCAUACAGAAGAGGAGGGAAGAGAGGAGAAUGACAACCACGAGGAGGACAGCGAUACCCAGAAAAUCCGGGAGGACCUUGAGGCUGUAAGCCAGGAACUGGCCAGUGUGCUAAGGGAAGAGCUGGCUGUAAUGAAAUGGCCGGACGAUAUGUGA